GACUUUUUCCAGACCUGACACCCGGCUCUGCUUCAUACUGUCUGAGUGACUUUGGGCAAGGGCCUGAACUUCUCUGGGGCUCGCUUUUCCUGUCUGUCAAAUGGGGACAGUGAUAGCACUGGCACAAAGUGGGGCUGCCGUGAGGACUGAAUGAGUUCAUCCGCAGUGCUGAGCACACAGCCUGGUAUGUGCUGAGUGCUGGUGCGUGGUUCAGUUAUUGCCCUAGCUAUCAGGCCCGCCUGGGCUAGACUCUUGCUCUGUCACUCACUCAGUGUGGCCCUUUGCACAAGUCACUUCCCCUGUCUGAGCCUCGGUUACCACAUCUGUGACGUGGAGAUAGCCUCUUACCUCGCAGGGUUUUGUCAGGCACCUGCCCUAGCCCCGUGUUAGGGGCGAGGGGUUCAUGCAUGAACAAGACGAAGCUCCGCCCCUUGGAGGCACACAUUUUAGUGGGGAGACAGUGAACAAAAUAAAACAGCUAAUAUGUCAGCCGGCACCGAGUUCUCGAUCGUCAAAGCGGAGGAUCCCGGUGUCCCAGCCGGGCAUGGCUGACCCCCACCAGCUUUUCGAUGACACAAGUUCGGCCCAGAGCCGGGGCUAUGGGGCCCAGCGGGCACCUGGAGGCCUGGGCUACGCGCCAGCCUCUGCAUCGCCCCAGGAGGCCUUCCUGGCCGAUCCUGUGUCCAACAUGGCCAUGGCCUACGGGAGCAGCCUGGCCGCACAGGGCAAGGAGCUGGUGGAUAAGAACAUUGACCGCUUCAUCCCCGUCACCAAGCUCAAGUAUUACUUUGCCGUGGACACCAUGUACGUGGGCAAGAAGCUAGGCCUGCUCUUCUUCCCCUACCUGCACCAGGACUGGGAAGUACAGUACCAGCAGGACACACCAGUCGCCCCCCGCUUUGACGUCAAUGCUCCUGACCUCUACAUUCCAGCUAUGGCUUUCAUCACCUAUGUCUUGGUGGCUGGCCUGGCGCUGGGGACCCAGGAUAGGUUCUCCCCAGACCUCCUGGGGCUGCAGGCGAGCUCUGCGCUGGCCUGGCUGACAUUGGAGGUGCUGGCCAUCCUGCUCAGUCUCUACCUGGUCACUGUCAACACCGACCUCACCACUAUCGAUCUGGUGGCCUUCUUGGGCUACAAAUAUGUUGGGAUGAUUGGCGGGGUCCUUAUGGGCCUGCUCUUUGGGAAGAUUGGCUACUACCUGGUGCUGGGCUGGUGCUGCGUGUCUAUCUUUGUGUUCAUGAUCCGGACGCUGCGGCUGAAGAUCCUGGCGGAGGCAGCGGCCGAGGGAGUCCCGGUGCGCGGGGCCAGGAACCAGCUGCGCAUGUAUCUGACCAUGGCCGUGGCGGCGGCGCAGCCCCUGCUCAUGUACUGGCUCACCUUCCACCUGGUGCGGUGAGGGCGACCCGGCCCCCCGCCUCCAGCUGCUGCUCCGGGCGGCCGGCUGCGCCCGCCUCCCCUCUGCCCGUCGCCCCCGGGGGCCCCGCCCCCCGCCCUGGCACCGGCGCUGCCCCCCUCCCGAGACCCCGCCCCCUCCCCUCGCCGAGGUGCUGAGAUCUCCAGCUGCACAGGCCGCCCGGCAGUGCGGCCGCUGUUCAGGAAACAAUAAACCGUGAUGGGCACGGCGU